AUGUCAAAAUCGAAGAAGACGAAAACCAUCCAUUCUUCACAAUCCGGUUUCAGCUUUUCUCCCUUCAACGACGAUGACGACGAUUUUCAAAACCCAACUCAAUCUUUGCCUCUCACCCAAAGAAAAUCUAGCUCAUCACAGCUACCAAAACACUCCAAUGCUGCCAUCAAUCGACCACCCAAGAAGCCUAAAAAGAAUCUGGCUUAUCUUGGUAAGGAGAAUCUUGAAAAGCCACCUGAUUUGGGUUUGGGUUCGGGUUCGGGUUCGGAUUUCUCUCUAGAAUCUAUGGAGUCGACUGUAUUCCGCAACAAUGUUAAGGGCGAUGAUGGUGUUUCAUUUAAGGAUGAUGAGAAAGUGAUGAAACCAAAUGAGGGGCUUAGUUACUUGUCAAAUUCGAUAGAGUCUAGGUUGCUGUUGAGGUCAAGGGGUAAUUGUGGUCUAAGUGAUUGUGAAAAUGCUGCUGUGAAGUCGGACGAGGGUGCGGAUGAAAGAUUUGACGACUAUCAGGAGGCUGGUACUACACAGCUUGAUGUGUUGCUUAAUUUAUGUUGUUCUUCUGAAAGGAAGGAGAUCGAAAUCGGUGAUAACAUGGAUGUUGGUGAUUCUAUUAGCUGUCCCAUGUGUGGAGUUGACAUUUCUAACAUGAGUGAUGAGCUGAGACAAGUCCAUACCAAUGAGUGCCUUGACAAAGAGCAGGCUCAAAAUCAUGUAUCAUUCUCUUGCAUCUUUCUUGAUGAAUCUUCUUGUCACCCUCCUGGGAAAAUGGGUCACAUCUCUCCUGUUGUAGAAUGGUUGCACAAUAUGGGCCUAUCUCGGUAUGAAGAAGUAUUCAUCCGCGAAGAAAUCGAUUGGGACAGUCUGAAAUGGUUGACAGAGGAGGAUCUACAUAAGAUAGGUAUUACUGCUCUUGGUCCCAGGAAGAAGAUUGUUCAUGCUCUUAGUGAACUGAGAAUAGAAGGUUCUGCGGAAAUGAAUAUACCCGAAAAAGUCGCAGACAAGGAGAAUAAAAUAAUCACAAAUAAGCUGAUUACAGAUUUUUUUCCUGGCUUUGCUGGAAAAGUGAAAAAAAGUUGCAUUACUGGGGCACAGGUUGGAAAAACCAACUCAAAUGAUGGUAAUAAACGUGGUGGGGUGAAAAUGCAUUUCUCAAAUAAAAAGCUCCGAGAUAUACCCUCAUGGUGUUCAAUAACUGGAACACCGUUCCGGGUGGAUGCAUUUAAAUAUCUACAGAGGGAUUACUUCUACUGGUUCCUUACUCACUUCCAUAUGGAUCAUUAUCAAGGUCUUACAAAGGCUUUCUGCCAUGGGAAGAUUUACUGCUCUUUGAUUACAGCAAAACUUGUAAAUUUGAAGAUUGGGAUCCCAUGGGAGAAGAUUGAAGUUUUACCUCUCAACCAAAAGAUAAACAUUGCUGGAGUUGAUGUGACAUGCUUUGACGCUAAUCACUGUCCAGGUUCCAUCAUAAUUCUAUUUGAACCACCAAGCUGUAAGGCUAUUCUACACACAGGAGAUUUUCGUUUUUGUGAGGAUAUGACAAAGAUCUCUAGUUUGCAGACACGUGUGCAUACUCUCAUCUUAGAUACUACAUAUUGUGACCCUCAGUAUGACUUUCCGAAGCAAGAGGCUGUAGUCCAAUACGUCCUUGAGACCAUUCAAGCUGAAGCUUUUAACCCAAGAACACUUUUUCUGAUUGGCAGUUAUACAAUCGGAAAAGAAAGGUUGUUCAUGGAAGUAGCUCGUGUUCUCCGUAAGAAAGUAUAUGUUACUGCAGCAAAGAUGCGGCUUUUAGAAUGCUUGGGAAUGCCCAAGGAAGAUAUGCAAUGGCUAACCUUGGAUGAAAGUGAGAGCCACAUUCAUGUUGUGCCUAUGUGGACACUUGCAAGCUUCAAAAGAUUGAAACAUGCAUCUAACAUGUAUAUGGGUCGAUACAGUCUUAUAGUUGCUUUCUCUCCAACUGGUUGGACUUUUGGUAAAGGAAAGAAAUCAUCCCCAGGGAGAAGGUGGCAGCAGGGAACUAUUAUAAGGUAUGAGGUGCCAUACAGUGAGCAUAGCAGUUUUACAGAGCUCAAAGAGUUUGUCAAGUUUAUAUCGCCAGAGAACAUCAUCCCAAGUGUAAAUAACCAUUGCCCAGAGUCUGCAAGCAGGAUGGUUUCUCUUUUAUCGUCUUAAUUUGUUAUACCAAUCUCUCCCACGAUCAAAUCACAAUUUUCCGUUGCUUCCAAUGUGACCGGUUACAUGAACUAUGUUUAAAUACUGAACUCCAAAUUGCACACAAACUAAAAGGAGCGCUGCCAUGGUGCAAGACGCAUCUCUGAUGUAAGCUAAGACAUGCUCCAUGGUGUCUUGAGGCAUGUCAUGGGGCAAGUUUCUUUGAAGGUGGUGUUUGACUUUUUAAUCUUUACUUUUUAGGUUGUCUUUCUUUAAUCUUUUAUGAGCCUUGAUAUAACAAGUUUCGUAAGCUCUAUGUAUAUGUGUUCC